AUGCAAAACCAGAGUUUUGUCACUGAGUUCAUACUCCUGGGCCUUUCACAGAACCCAAAUGUUGAGGAUAUAUUGUGUGUUGUAUUUUUGUUGAUCUACUUUGCAACUAUUGGGGGCAACAUGGUCAUUGUGGUGACCAUCAUCUACAGCCCUGCACUGCUGGGCUCCCCCAUGUACUUCUUCUUGAUAUUCCUGUCCUUACUGGAUGCAUGCACUUCUUCUACUGUCACACCCAAGAUGAUUGUAGACUUCUUCUAUGAGAGGAAGACAAUCUCCUUUGAAUGUUGCAUGACACAACUGUUUGCUGUCCACUUCUUCACUGGGAUGGAGGUGAUUGUUCUGUCAGCUAUGGCCUAUGACCGCUAUGUGGCCAUAUGCAAACCUUUACACUACUCUUCCAUUAUGACCCGGAGGCUCUGUGUUAUUUUGGUGAUGAUAUCCUGGGCAGGAGGCUUCUUACAUUCUAUAAUACAAAUUAUAUUCACAUUGCAGCUACCUUUCUGUGGACCCAAUGUUAUUGAUCACUAUGUGUGUGAUUUGUUCCCAUUACUGAAGCUGGCCUGCACUGAGCCACACAUAUUUGUCAUUUUGGUGUUUUCCAACAGCGGGUCAAUCUGUAUCAUAAUCUUUUCUCUUCUGCUUGUUUCUUAUGGUGUCAUUCUGUUCUCUCUGAGAGCUCACAGUGCUGAAGGGCGACGUAAAGCUCUCUCCACGUGCGGAUCCCACAUUACAGUUGUGCUUUUGUUCUUUGUCCCGUGCUUUUUAAUAUAUGCACGGCCUACAUCUGCUUUCUCUUCUGAAAAAAAUGCUCUUGUAUUUUCCACCAUCAUAACACCACUUCUGAAUCCUAUGAUUUACACUUUCAGGAAUAAGGAAAUGAAGAAUUCCAUCAGGAAAAUGUGGAAGAGAUUGAUGGUGGUUUCUGGUGACUGCUAA